GUGCUGAACAUUCUUUGGCAUGUGGCCGAAGACUUGCAACCCUUGGCACCCCAUUCACCUGGCGGUGGUACGAACAGCGGCGUGGUUGUCACUUCAUUAUUCUCCGGAUUUUCGGGUUUUGGUACCAGCCUAACUCCUGCCAACAUGACAACCGCUGUCACAGCCUAUGUCCCUUCCGCGUUAUAUUGUUCUACGGAAAGUUCUAAAAUCCUGAAACCUUUAAUUGACGUGAAAAACAUUGACUUCUCUAGUCCAACAGCUGCAGCUUCAUCCCUGCUAUCGGCAUUUGCCAUUAAUACCACCAAAUCGACAUCUCCGCCAUUAGCGACGGGAGAGUCUUAUCUUCAUGCUGGUGGAUCUUCAGAACAACCGAGGUACAUGGCAGUUGACGGUGGUUUCAUAUUUAGAGGUGGUCAUUCAGAAUCGUCAUUUGGUGGUUCCGGCAAAAAUGAUUCUAGUAAAAUUCGAUCAUCAAGCAUGUCUCGUUCAGGGCUUCCCGCUUCAGACUCGCUGGAUUUCAACCCAAAUAAUCCGGAAAAUAGUCCACCUCGGGGUCGUAACAGUCUAGGAUACUUCGGUCACCUGCCACACUAUCUGGCCCUCUAUGAGAAUGUCCGAAUGGCCUACCAUGGAUAUAAAAUUUCGCCAGACCUUCUUGGUGGAAGUGAUCGCGCUGUUGGUCUUCUCCGAGAAACUCUUUCUGCAUUUGGGCGCUUACUUGAGGGACUUCGAUUCGCUGAACUGGCUCCUUAUACGCAAGAGCUGUUGGCCUACCUGACUACAGCGUUCCGUUGGCAACCGGCCGAAAGUCUAGAUACAGCUGUUAAAGUAAAGCUAUUUCUGUUCACUUGGGUGCCAUAUGCGUCGUUUUAUCUCUAUAUUGUUACCUUGCUAUCCCUCUCUAUUGCACACAAUGCUUCUUUAUUCUUGCUAUGGCUUUGCUCCGCCUGGGUAUUCUUAUUUUUAGUGUAA